CUUAGAUGAUUAUAGGCUCUCAGAUUGGGCCGUUUCUAGAAAACCUUUGUCGGAACCCAUUUGCGGCCCAUUGUUAUUAAUUGGGGAAAAUCAAAUCAAAGAAGAAGAAGACUUGAGCAGUCGGCAGUAGCAUUUCAAACCCUCGCCUGAGCUUCUUCCGUCCGACUGAAACCCAAAAUUGCGGAAGGAUUCUGAUGUCAUUGAUUCGUGUCUCCCGCCAGAAUUCAUCAUUCUCGUUGGCGCUCCUCACGCGCCGCCUUCAUUCCGGCGAAACAGUCUCCGCGUCUUCUUCCUCGUCUCGACUCCGAGAGCAUUACAACUUUGAACCACCACCGCCUCUGCCGUCAGCCUCUGAAAACCCAAACCCGAGCCAGAAGAAGAAGAGUCCGAAGCCGCAAUACCGUCCACCAUCGUCUUUGGAAGGUGUGAAGAAGGUGCACUCGGAUCUUCCGUUCGAUUUCCGGUUCAGCUACACGGAGAGCAGUUCCAACGUGAGGCCGAUUGGACUGAGAGAACCCAAGUACUCGCCGUUCGGUCCUGAUCGGUUAGACCGGGAAUGGACUGGUGUGUGUGCGCCGGCGGUGGAUCCGAAGGUGGAGUCAGUGGAUGGAGUGGAGGAUCCGAAGCUGGAAGAGAAGAGGAGGAAAGUGAGGGAGAAGAUACAGGGGCCACCACUCACUGAGGCUGAGAGGAAGUUUCUGGUAGAGCUCUGUCAGAGGAACAAAACCAAAAGGCAAAUCAAUCUUGGGAGAGAUGGAUUGACUCACAACAUGCUGAAUGAUAUAUAUAACCAUUGGAAACACGCAGAAGCAGUUCGGGUCAAAUGUCUUGGAGUCCCAACUCUCGAUAUGAAAAACGUUAUCUUCCACCUUGAGGACAAAACGUAUGGACAGGUGGUUUCUAAACACUGUGGUACCCUUGUCUUAUACAGAGGGCGCAACUACGAUCCAAGGCAAAGGCCCAAGAUCCCAUUGAUGUUGUGGAAACCUCACGAACCUGUGUACCCUAGGCUCAUUAAGACAACUAUCGAUGGUCUUACCAUCGAAGAGACCAAAGCUAUGAGAAAGAAAGGCCUAGCGGUUCCUGCCCUCACAAAACUCGCCAAGAAUGGCUAUUAUGGUAGCCUUGUUCCAAUGGUGAGAGACGCUUUCCUCGUAAGUGAGUUAGUACGGAUCGAUUGCUUGGGACUGGAGAAGAAGGAUUACAAGAAAAUUGGAGCAAAGCUUAGGGAUCUGGUCCCUUGCAUCCUGGUUACAUUUGACAAGGAGCAGGUCGUCAUUUGGAGAGGUAAAGACUAUAAGCCACUAGAGGACGACUGCGAUUUUGGAAUCUCCUCCUAACGACAGCAGAAUCAUUGAUUAAGUAUUCUUACUCUCAGAGAGAUUACACUGCACAGUGCUUUGUUCUAGCCAAAGCAACAUCUCUCGGUGUUUUCUUUUCCUUUUCCGAAUUCUGAAUCUUGAUAUCCGGAAAUGUAUUCGUUAUUUAAUACGAAUUCGACUCUCAAGUAUAAGUAUAUAUAUAACAAGGAGAAACAUACGACUAAUUAACUAUAGAUCUCAUAAGGUCCAAAAUAAACCAACAUUAGUAGAAUAAACAUCAUUCUCGUUUUAUCACUGUUGAGGCAGAACCACCGGUCCCCGACGGUGGCUGAUGAGCUGGCACUUGUCCACCGUGAAGAAACUCACGAGCCAGAGCUUGGAGCUCACCGCCUCCGCCCAUAUUUGACGGCGACGGGACUCCAAAGAAAUUAUCCGACGGUCGAGGCUGUUGCUGCUGCAGAGCCCACGUGGAGGACAUCGGCUCCAAGAUGGAGGAGAGAUCGUACACCGACGGUGAUAGUGUGGGCAGGUCCGAUAUGGAAAGAGGCGGUGGAGAUCCAGAAGACGUCACCGGAGCUGGCGGUGGUUGUGGCAUCUCUAGAGUUGCUAAGUGUGCUUGUACGUAUGAAAGCUCAGUUUGCAAACUCACCACCUGUUGCUGAAGAGAGACGAUGUGAGAGACGCAGCCGUAAAUAGGGUCUCUGAGACGAGCCUGAGCCUCGAAGCAGAUUGAAACGACGGCGUCUGGUCGUUUAUGCUCGGGGACAUGGUGGAGGAGUUUUGAGACGUUGCUCGCUCCGAAAACCUUGUGAACCGCCGCGAAGUGCGCCGCUCCUUGCUCGGAGUCGAAAUAGGGCGCGAAUAUGCAGCCGGCGACGCACUUUCGUCUCAGGAACUUGCACGCACCGCACGGUCCUCCUCCUCCUCCUCCAACGCUACUGCUAGGGUUUCCGCUACUGCUCAUCCUCCAGUCACUAACCUAUUUUUCUUUUCUUCUCUUCUUUUCUUCUCUAAUGCAAGGCAAGGUUUUUACUAGCUAAUUCAUGAUUAGGGUUUUGAGAAAUAUAGAGUUAUAAUUCGUCGAGAUUAGGAUGUUUUUGGUUCGUGAUUAUCAAAGAGAAGAAUAAAAAGGAAACGCUUGGGAGAGAGAAGAAAGGGGGAGAAGGAGGAGAUCGGACAGAAACAAAACUAGGGCUUGGUUUGGUGCUAAUUGGAAAUGUUUU